AUGUUCUCGACUUUUCCAUCCACACCAGGCAGAGGCCGUUCAAGAUUCUCGAAAGUAUUACCCGUGCCGCCAGGAGAGGCUUCAAAUCAAGCAGAAAAGUCGCCAGUAGCAUUGACUCCGAGGUCUUUCAGAACAGAGUUGCCACCUUUGCCGAGGGACGCAGCAAAGCCCUCCAUGGCGAUUCCACGACGACCUGUAGGCAGCGGGGCUGGUGGGGAUGUGAAGAGCGAGAAGCCUGCCAGAACAGCAUCGACCGCCAGCGUCUCUUCCAUGUAUUCUGACUCCCCAGGAGUCUCACGGAGUUUGUCGGGUAGCAGCAGCACGAAAGAUUCUCCGAGUGGUGUUGAUUCACCAGAGGACGGGCCAACGCCGCCUCUACCACCGAAAGGCAAAGACCGCCAAAAUUCAGAUGAGAAAGCGGAUUCGCAAAAACAUAAAGCCUCGUCAAAUUCAAUUUCGAGUUUUGAUAACGCUGUCCAACCGACCGAGAUUUGGCGGAGGCGCUCGGGAAAGAGCGACCGCAGCAUCGCUUUCCCUGAUUUGAUAUUAUCAAAGUCGAACGGCUCAACAGCGAGUCCUCCCAGACGGCAGGAGCAAACCACAGAUCGAGCUCCUCCACCAAAAAGUAUCACAGCACGGAGACCUGUGCCUGCUCGACCAGCUCCACAGGCAUUGAUGGGGAACAAGCUCGCGAAGCUGAAGACGAAGGGUUCGAGGGAGGAUUCCAACGAUGAAGACCCAGCCUCAGCUCCUAAGCCGUAUGAGUCUAUUCAGCGUCUCCCUACGCCAGAGUACCUCAAGGCGGACAAACAGCAGCCUAUAACGCCCAGUAUACUCUCGCCCGUCUCGCCGUUCACCCCGCCGGACGACAAACCCCCUCUUGUCCCGCGCAAGUCUGAGUCUCGCAGUCUCGCUGUAAGCCAUGGGAGUAGUGAUGCCACAAUCGUUGCUCGAGAAAUUGUGGCCCCUCAUACACCUACACAAGAGAAUGAUCCUCCUUUCAAGCUCUCAGCUCACACUCGGGACGGCAGCGAUGCGCUUGCACCUCAACCAUUGUCUGGCAAGACUUCGCCCUUGGCCCUACCCUCUCCAGCCUCUCAUGCCGCAUACUUCCCAACAAUUCGAAGUCCGGCUGCGUAUGGUACAAUCUUCCCAUGCCCAGAGCUAGAUUUGGUGCAUUUGGAUUGCUACCAAUCGCAUAAGCUUAUGAGGGGUUGCAACAACAAAGUGUGCCCUACAGCUUGCAUGGUUUGCGAGCGACGGGAUACCGAAAAGCGAUGGAGGUGUGCGUGGUGCUGCCUGAGUGCCUGUGGAAGUUGCAUCCGAGUUCUGGAUUCAGUGCCAGGAAAGGAUCUACGGCUGGCUUUGGAAAGGAUUGGAAAAUGA